UAGACGGCCGUGCUAUUUUGGCUAAGUGGCCUGUAUUGAAGUUUGACAGAAAUAACACACACAGUUUCUAUUGGACUUCUCGAACUUCCUGGAACUAAUGGCUAAAUAGCGUUUGUGUACAUGUACGUGUGUGUGUGUGAAUGGACUGUCAUGUCAGGGACUUCUGCCUUCUGACUUUUGCGAGUCAAGAUUUUCAACGUCGGUUUUUCAUCACGAUUUCGGCAUCGAUGAAGACUCUUCUCGAAUUUGACAGGAAGGGGUUUUAUUGAUCAACGGAAUAGUUUGAUUCGUUGAAGGUGUAUUUUGGUCGAACUUUUCAGGAAACCAUCUCAUUCGGACGAUACGUGAAGAGGGUUCGUCAAUUAUGGCGUCCCAAGACGAUCUCAAAACCCCGUAUGAUGAUAACAAUAAACAUUUAUGGCAUUUUGGCGGUAUCACGCGAGGGGAGACAGACAACCUCCUAAUCCAAAAGCGACCCGGGACGUUCCUCGUACGAGACAGCCGGACGUGUCCAGGAGACUCCGUUCUCUGUGUUAGUGAAAAUAGUAAAGUAUCUCAUUAUAUCAUCACGAGAAAAGGGGAUCAGUUUGUGAUUGGUGACCAGAUUUUCUCAACGCUACCUGACAUUCUAAACUUUUACCGGGGUCAUUAUCUAGAUACAACCGUCCUAGUUGAACCGUGUCCUAAGAGACAGAUGGUGGCUCAGCCCCCACCACAGUCCCCAGCACCGACAUCACAAGAGAAGUUAAACGACAGAGCACCGCCGACGCCGAAGCCCGAAGUUCCUCCCGUAAAUCCUACACCACCACCUAGCAUACCACCAAGCAACGCUGAACGAUUUAGAGUUAAAUACACCUUCACCAGUGAUGAUUCUGACGAUUUACCCGCUCAGAAAAACGAGAUUCUGACGUUAGUGAACCGAGACGAAGCGGAUUGGUGGACGAUGCGCAAUGGAAGGGGGCAAGAAGGGCAGUUCCCUGUUCCAUGGAUGGAGGCGUUGCCUGUGGAACCACCCCCUGAGGUCUACCGUUCAGUUACAUCAUAUGGUAAAGCAAUACAGAGAAGAAUUCCCAACGCAUACGACACGACGCAACUAAAAUUUGAGAAAGGAGACAUUGUCAAGGUGGUGAAACAGCACAUGAGUGGAUACUGGGAGGGCGAGUUACUCAAGGAUGGCGCCCAAGGAUUUUUCCCUUUCACAUUUGUAGAAAUCCUUCCGCCCGAGGAAGCGGACAAAAUAUUACAAGGACAUAGCGCCAGUCAGAACGGAAUGGAGGGUAAUAAUUCUCUCCUAAAUUGAGCGCAGACUCUGGACUCUUUCAUAUUAUUUUUGUUGGAAUGACUUGAAAAAUUGAAGGAAGAGAUACGUAUGAACAUCAUGCUUCUAUAUAAUGUGUAUAGUAACCAUAUAUCAUGACUGACUGAAUUUUAUUUGUAAUCGUGCUGAGGGGUGGCGGUGAUUGAUAGCCGAUGCAGUCGUUGAUUGUGAUUAUCAUGGAUUGUCGUGAUUGGGACGGAGUGGCGGAUGUUGCCUGGGUUAUGCCACAGAGUUCUUGCAUGGAUCGUGUCGUGUUAACUUCCACGUCAACACCCAUGGUGUACGAAUGCGCGACUCAAGCACAGAGUGAGACUUCUGAUCAAACAGAAAAUUUAAGGGUCAAGUUUCGCUCAACUUUUGCCGGUCUUUAGUUCGCAGUUGGGUCGUGUUCACCGAUUCCUUCGCAAGGGCUGGCUUAGCCUGUGUCAAUGAGAGAUGUACAUGUAAAUUGGCUGAGAUGUGGAUAAUCUGAUUCUGCAGUAUCUUAAAGCAGGAAAGGAAACCUGACCUUACCAUCAAAUCCCUCAACUUGACCUGACAAACAUCCUUCCGUGGAUGGACACAUCAACCGAUGCUGAUACGCUGCUCGGUAACAAGCUAAGAUUGCUGUACAUGUCAUAUAUUUGCGUGUACAUCAAAUAUAUCACCAUUUUAUUCAAGAUAAGCGGCCUGUUGCAUAAAACUUUUUACCUGAGAAAACUCUGGUAAAAACUGAAAUCUAAGGUUAGUUUGAUUUCUGUGAUUGACUUUAACACAGGGCAAAAACUCUGGUAAAAACAACCUGAGUUUUCUCAGGUAAAAAGUUUUAUGCAACGGCCCAAGAUGUUGCUGAUAUUUUGGGGAUGAUCUCAGUUUUAUUGACUUUGUGUAAGUGUAGCAGGAAGCGAAAAAUGUUUGUGGUUGUUCAGUGGCGUAAUUCACGAAAGUAGCACUACUGCAAAUGAUGCACUUUUGGUGUCAGGAGUGGGAUGAAGCAUAUUGAAAUUCAAGAGUAGGAUAAUCAAGUGCAAGAUCUCUGCUAGUACCGCUUCACAGCAGAUGCCUGAGCAAGUAUCACAAUGUGUACUGUAGGUAAAAAAAGGAAUGCUAUCAUCGUUGGAUGUCUUUGCUCGGAAAAUGCCAAGGACAGAUCGAGCCAUACGCAGAUAUUCAGUGGAGGAUCCGUUGAGAAGCAGUCCCUUGUGCAGUUCGCCUACAGCAUCCGCUUGUUUACGGUACCAAGGCCUCUAUCAACCAACAUCCUGCCUCCAAAGAACAUGAACUUAAUCCAUUGCCAAUUCUUGAAAUCUGUUGUGUAUAAAUACCGCUAGGUGACUUGUAAAUCUAGCGCCCUCUGGUGUUCACUUUUGUAUCCUGUCGAGCUUGUCCCGACAAAUAUCCUUCUCUUGGUGAUGACGUAUUUUACUUCGCCAGAGAAAAAGUGGAACUGUCAAAUGAUUUGUUUGCCAUUUUAAUGUCUGUUACAUGCUGAAUUCUAAAAUUACUAUUGUGAUAUGUGUUACUCAUAUUUUGUCAGUGCUUGUUUUUUUUUCACAGCAGUAUGAGGAAUUUUUUUAUCUCCUUAUAUCCUAUAUAACUAUAAGAUAUGAAAGAAUAUUAUGUGAUCUUAUAGAAAUUUCAUCUAAAUAGUUUUGGAAGCAUUGUAAAAUCAUGUCUUUAAUCAAAAUACAGUCAUGAACGAAUCUUAAUGCCUGGCAGGCACAAGAUUGGUGAUGGUUAUAUGGAAACUUUGACACCGUUCUCAUUAUACUUUCUAAAACUGGUUUACUGGAAACUGGUUCAGGGAGCCAGUUUGAAAGAUCACAAUGCUAGCGCUCUCAUUUGAUCACCCAAAAGUUGUGUUCAAAACCACUUCACGUAAAGCGUUCUUCUUGGUAUGGGAACACUCUCAUUGGGGUGUUUCACGCGAAAUUUGAAACAGCAGCAUAGCCAUUCCACUUACAGUGUGUGGAGUAGCACGCUCGAUUGUGUGAAGAUCGCUUUCUGAAGAAUGGUUGUGUCCUCACUUAUGCUGAAAGCAGUUUAACAAGGUAAAGCAAUCUUCAAAACUUCAUAGCGAGGUGGUUUUCUGAACCGGUUUGAAGAUCGCUUUGACCGUUCUCAUUACACGUUAAACCAGUUUCCACUAAACUGGCUUCCAGUAUUAAGUUUAAGGACGGUACUGAGAACUGUGUCUUUGAGUGGUCCUCUCCUCUGGCGACAAUUGCUAGGCUCUAAAUUCCACGCACUAAAAUCAAAAGACAAACUUCAACCUUCCCUACACCUAACCAUAAACCUAACCUAAAACUGUUGCAACCCUAACCCUACAUCGUAGACAAAAUUAAGCCCAGAGCAAUUGUCACAGGAGCAAAUGUCGUGUCAACCUUCGGAUAAAACUUGUUAUGCCUGUUAAGCAUACAUGUAUAUGUACAAACUCAAGUUUCCUUUAAAGCAUAGCCACGGCCUUAUACAAUGUACAUGUAGGAUGCAAGUUCCGAAGUCAAAAUAUAUUAAUCAUUUAGGGCAAAAAACAAUUCCUUGUACACUAUACCGUAUUUGGAAGUUCAAUAAUGAAGCACUACAAUGUAUGAAACUUGUUAUAAAUUAUCUUGGAUCUUGACACACACAAAAAUUGCUUGUUAUUUUGGAAAGGAAUUACAGGUGUUCACAGGCAGGUAAGAACAUGUUUUAAAACAGGACAUCAAUGUGUCUAGACUAUGAAGAAAUGGGUACCACUCUCACUCAAAUCAGGUUUUUCCACCUAAAGAUUGUCAUAUAUCUUCACAAUGUAUCUCACAAAUGAAUAUGGACAUCAGGGAGUACUCUUCCAGGGCCCUGUCUCACAAACAGUUACAAUCGAUCCAAUCAAACUCAUCUGUAUGGAAAUCCAUCCAUACCAUAAUUUU